GGCGACACCGGCCGCAAGACGGAGAGCGCGCGGCAGUCGGGGCCCGUGCUGCGCGCCGCGGGGCGGACGCCGGUCCCCCCGAGGCGGCGCUGGGUCCCGCCCUCCUCGCUGCGGCACCACGAUGUGCCCGACGGCGACGCCAAACACGACAUCAUCCACAGAAAGGUGCGCGGCAUACUGAACAAACUUACCCCGGAGAAAUUCCAAAAACUGAGUGAUGAUCUACUCGGCCUGGAAUUGAAUUCGGAUAAGGUGCUGAAGGGAGUCAUACUUCUCAUAUUCGAGAAGGCGCUGGAUGAGCCCAAGUACUCGUCUAUGUACGCGCAGCUCUGCAAGCGGCUCAGCGAGGAGGCACCGAACUUCGAGCCGCCCGGACAACCUUGCACCUUCAAGUUGCUUCUUCUUAACAAAUGUCGGACCGAGUUCGAGAACCGCGCUCAGGCGUUCGCGGCCUUCGACGACAAGGCGCUCACACCAGAAGAAGAAGAAAAACGACAUCUAGCCAAAUGCAAAAUGCUCGGCAACAUCAAAUUCAUCGGCGAGCUCGGCAAGCUCGAGAUCCUCGCCGAGUCGAUCCUGCACCGCUGCAUCCAGAACCUGCUCGCCCGGCGGGCGGCCGCCGAGCACCACGAGGACCUCGAGUGCCUGGCGCAGCUCGUGCGCACCUGCGGACGGGUGCUGGACUCGGAGCGCGGCCGCGGCCUCAUGGACCAGUACUUCGCGCGCAUCGAGACGCUGUCGGCCUCGCGCGAGCUGGCGCCGCGCAUCCGCUUCAUGCUGCGCGACACGGUGGAGCUGCGGCGCAGCGGCUGGGUGCCGCGCACGGCGUCGUCGGCCGAGGGGCCCGUGCCCAUCCACCAGCUGCGCGCCGACGACGAGCCGCCGUCGCGGCGCGAGCGCGAGCGCGACCGGGAGCGCGACCGCGACCGCGACUCGCUGUUCCGCGGCGGCCUGCGCUCCCGCCCGCUGGACGACGUGCUGGCCGGCCUCAGCCUGCAGCCCGCCACCGCGCUCGUGCCGCCGCCCGACAAGCUGUUCGGCAACGGCUUCGCGCCGCGCGACGCCUUCCGCCAGCGCUCGGCGCCCGGCUACUACCCGCGCUCGCACUACAAGCAGCACCAGCAGCACCAGCAGCACUCGCCGCACUCGGCGCACGCGGCGCAGGGCAACGGCUCCAAGGAGUCCACGCGCGUGAGCAAGUCGCGCGUCACCAUGACGUCGGGCGGGCUGCAGGACGUGCAGAUGCGCCCGGCGGCCAACUCGCUCAUGUUCACCGCCAACCGCCUGUCGCGCCCGCAGCCCGCGCCGCUGCCGCUCGCGCCGCAGAACGUCCUCACCCCCUCGUUCGCCAGUGCGCCGCCGCUGAUGAAGGAGCCCGCCAUCGCCAUCAAACCGGCUCCCGACAAAAAGGAUAAACCGAAGAAGGACAAGGCACUGAACAAGGAGGAGGCCUGCCGGCUGGCCAUCGAGGCGGUGACGGCGCUGGCGGCGCUCGAGCACGAGCCGGCGGACGAGCACGACGGCGAGCCCGAGCACGAGCCGGCCGCGCUGCGCCGCCUGCGCGAGCUGCAGCUGCCCGACAAGGUGCUGCGGCGCGUCAUCGCCGCCGUGCUGGAGCACGCGCUGGCGGGCGAGGCGGGCGCGGCGGGCGCGGGGGGCGCGGCGGGCGCGGCGCUGUCGGCGGCCGAGGGCGCGCUGGCGGGCGCGGCGUGCGGCGUGGUGCGCGCCGUGAAGCGCGCGCCGCUGGGCGAGGCGCUGCGCGCGCUGCUGCUGGCGCACCACCCGCACCGCCGCCUGCCCGCGCUGCUGGCGCACGCCGUCCGACAGAAACUAGUAACGCUGUCGGAGGUGGGCGCCUGGUGCGAGGGCGGCCAGCACCACCCGCUGCUGCUGGAGGUGCUGCAGGCGCUGGGCGAGGCCGUGGGCGCGGAGCGGCUGCAGGCGCUGUACGGCGAGAGCAAGGUCAACCUGUGCGCCUACGUGUCGGAGCGCGAGGGCGGCAGCGCGGCGCGCGCGCUGGACGCGCUGGAGGCGCGCGGGCUGGGCGCGCUCGUGCCGCAGCUGCGCGUGCAGGCCGCGCUGGCGCGCCAGCUGGCGGCCGAGCCGGCGCCCACGGCGCUCUACCGCUGGAUCAAGGCCAACGUCGAGCCCGCCGUGCGCCACAACGGCGCCUUCGUGUCGGCGUUCGUGGCGCUCGUGGCCGAGCACGUGACGGCGGCGGCGGGCGCGGCGGGGCAGGCUCCGCCCGACAAGGCGGCGCUGGAGCGCGAGAAGACGCUGGCGGAGGCCUACGCGCCGCUGCUCACGGCGCUGCUCGAGGGCCGCCCCGACCUGCAGCUGGCCGCCGUUUAUGCCGUGCAGCUCCACGCGCACCACCAUCGCUACCCUAAAGGCAUGCUGCUGCGCUGGUUCAUGUAUCUGUACAACCUGGAGGUGUGCGAGGAGGACGCGUUCCUGCGCUGGCGCGAGGACGUGACGGACGCCUACCCGGGCAAGGGGGAGGCGCUCUUCCAGGUGAACACAUGGCUGACGUGGCUGCAGCAGCAGGAGUCCGAGGACGAGGAGGCGGAGGACUAGGAGACAGCUGCCGGCGACACCCAACACUGCACCGCUUUUAUUUGCGCUCAUCUCAUAUAAAUAUAAUUAAGCCAAAUAGUUUAAUACCUACCCUCGUUACCCUUUAACGCUAGACUCGCCGCGGCCGACGACUCCAGUGUUAAAUAGGUCAAUUUUUAGGUUAUACUACGUAAACGAAUGUUAGUGUCUCGAGAUAAUUUUUUGUAGGCCUUUUACUCGAUUUUGAUACUUUUACAAAUGUAUACAAUGUAUAGUGUUCGUUUGAACGUAUGAUUGCACUUCGAUCUGCCCUCUCUUGACAAUGAGCGUAUUUUAGUUGAAAUUGUAAAAAUAUAUCUAUCGAGAACUUAAAUCAAUUUUUAUUAUUAUUAUCAUGAUCAUUUAUUUUCAAUACUAAAUGAAUGUAGUGGAUAAACUGUAAGAAUGCUUCAAUUUCAUUGUAUUAUCAGAUUUUAGAAUUUUGUAACGAAAUAUAUAGAAAAGUAAAAAAAAAUGUUUCCUCAGGCAAGAAAUGUAUGUUGAUUGAGUGAUUUGUAAUAAAAAGUUGUGAAGUGAUGCAAAGGUAAAAUAAGCAACAUCGGUCAAUAUGUAUUCAAGGUGAGAAUAAACUUCAGUGUAAUUUAUUACAAA